UUUUGCAAUGAGCCGAGUCUUAACUGUAACACCCCUGAAGCGCAACACAGUGAACUUAAAGUUUCACUUCCCAGGUUUUGGAGGAGCUCAGCUUACUCGCUGUAGUUUAUCUAUUCCAGUAGAAGCCGUCAUUCAGAACCUCGAGUUUGGCUUGUACCUGGUUUUGGAAACAGGUGAAACAUGCAUGCUCCAAAAGUUCGGAGAAAAUUGUUUGUCUACCGUACUUGGCAUCUCGUGUCAUGGGAAUUUCUCUUUGAAACUUUCAAUCAUUGACAGAUUAGACAGAAAUGACGUCGAGCACGACAAUGAUUCGAAUAAAGAUCAAAUUGAUAACUUUGUCGGCCAAGUAACUUUAUCGGUUUUGUGCCAUGGAAUCGAUAAUUUACCUCGAAACGUAAUAUCUGACUGCAAAAAGUUUUCCGUCAUUCAAGCGUGCAAAGCGACGUUGAACUCAGAUUUCAAUUCUUUAGUUUUUGAUUCUAAACUAUCAAACUGCCAAGUUGUGCUGGAUAAAAUCUCUCAUGGCAGUCAAAAUAAUUCACGACGCUUUCAUGGUUUGCUUUUCCUUACAUUUCCCGCAGACAAUGAGAAGUUUUGCGUUGCUGAAUUUUCGUCGGAUAACAUUUGUUCAGAUGUAGGCUUAAAUGUGCCAAAAGGAGCGUCUUUUGAAUUCAGUUUGAGCGAAGUUGAAGUUUUUAAAAAUUCUAAUGGCCUGGGAAAUCAUUACGAUUCUGAGUCCAAUGAGGCUUGUGAACAAGCUGCUAAAAGCGGUUCGGUUUUGACCGAAAUUGAAAUCAAAGUUUUGAUUCAUGCGACUAAGCUAGAGAAUGUUUCACAAACUAGUUUUGAACGCUAUUUGAUUUUGAACAAUGGAGAAACUUCGACAGUUGACUUUAGCGCGGAAUCUGUCCAAUCGGUAAAAAUUUUAAAAUUAGCCGCUCAGAUUCCCAAAGAAAUUUCGGAUAAUCAACAAUCUUGCGUUCUCAAGGCAAUUGUGAAUGGAAGAUUUGAAAUUUCAUUGAUCGAAUUGAAAACUUCGCAACCUUUUUCUGUCAUAAACGAAACUUUGUUUUCUCCUUUUGGUUUGCGAUUGGAAAGUGAAAGUCCAUCCAAAGCUGUCGUAUUUUAUGAAGUUGAAUUUCCGAAAAAGCAAGAAGCUGAAAACUACAAUUCAUGUGUGACAUGCAAAGAUGUUGACAAAUUGUUUUCAACCUUCAUCAAAAUCCGAGAUAAAUUUUCAGCCGAUGUUGCUUACAUGCGUGAAAAUGCCUUAUUCGGAUGUGAUACUUUAGUGAUAGGUGAUUCAAUUCUGCGAUACGUUGACCCUUCAAUCCUCAAUGGAAACGUGUACGUGCAAUCUUUGGGAGGGUGUACGAUCGAGCAACUCGAUUACAUUAUCUCGGUGCUUUCGUUGGAGCAGCUGAAAAGAUUGAUUAUUCAUAUCGGGGUGAAUAAUACGCACGGAUGUAAUAACAUGUGCAAUGUUAGCGAGCAAGCUGAAAAAUACCGAGCUCUGGUUGAAAAAUGUAAAAAAAGAGCACCGAAUGCUAAACUUUAUUUAUCAGCAAUUGUUGCUCGUUUCGAUAAAACAUAUUGUAACCAAUGGGUUUCGAAUUUAAACAGCGAGAUUUGUAACCUGUGCCAAAAAGACUCUUUGUUAACAUUCAUCAGCAACAAGUCAGUUGCCUACGACAAAUGGGGAAAUAAGAUUGGAGCUAAUUUCACAUAUGAUAAUCUGCAUAUCUCGGAAAAAGGAACCCGACAACUUUUGUGUAGUAUCAACAUGAUUACUAAAAUAUCAGACUACCUUCCCGAGGAAUCAGAAUCAUCAGCUAAUGAGUCGUUUGUAACCGCUGCUAAUGAUUCGAUGGUUUCUUCUGGAAGCCACGUCGAAUCUGGCAGUGGUUUUCAGCAGACUUACUUCUACCAAAUCGGAGAUAAAAAGCCCGGGGACAAUCCAACAACAUCUACGCCUGCAGGUCAUAAUCAACAGAAGAAAAAGAAAAAUAAACAGAAUAAACAAAAAACGAGAUUGGGUUGGGGCGAGUUGGAUGUUUUGAACUCGUUUGGACACAGUUCGAGUUCAAGUGCGGCGUCCAGUUGUGCCGAAGAGGAGCCAGGUAAGUCGUCGAGUGUGUCGGAAAAGAAAGACGUCUCAGGUGCAAGUGGUAGCAAAACUGUAUUUCCUGCCGCGCGGUUGUCGGACGAGUUGGUGACCGAAAAAAGAGAAACUAAAGCGACGGACGAUUUGAUGACAUUUGAAGAUAGCUCUACUAUUCAACAACCGACUGACAACUACAUUCAAGACGAGACUGGGACUAGAAGGCAAUCAGAGACCGAAUUGAGUGUCUCUAGUUUGAAUGCAACAUCAACUGUAGAAGAAGAUACCGAUGAUGUCAAUGGUUCUUGGCAGACUGUGUCUGAAGAGGUUGUUGAAAAAGAGAAAAAGGCGACGGGAAAAAAGGGCAAAAAGGGAAACAAAAGGACGAACAAUGCUCUCAGUCAAAAUGCGGUGUGUAUUACGAAUGUUGACACGAGUCAAGAAGAUGGUAAGAUGCCCGAAAAAGAAGUCCACGACACCGCUACAUCAUUAGAGUUAGUAGAGACUAAAAAACGAAAAGUGUCACUGAAUGACGAAGUAACAGUCUUUCCUAUUCCUCUACGGAAGAAAAAGUUCCCGGUCGAAAUGAUGCAGCUACCGGAGAAAAAAAAGAAAAAAGGGGAAUUGAAAACGAAUAUAGUAGACGAUGACCUAUCGCUAGCUGAGUUCGCGGCCGAGUUCGUUUUGUCUGCGAAGAGCAGUGGAGCCAAGGAUGGAGCUGUGUCGAAAAAGAAACAGAAACUUGCUAGUAAAAAAGCGAACAAAAAAGCAAUGGUGAAUAAAUAGAGUAAUUGUUGUGUUUGCUCUUAAAGAA